AUGUCUGGAGAAUUCAUGGAUACUAACUAUGAGGGCUCGGGGGGGAUUGUUUUUCCUGCAAACUUCAGCUGCGUUUUGAACAGCAGCAACCUGUCCUCCUCUGACCGGAACUUUCUGCCGGACUUUAACAAAACCUACUCUGUCGGAGACGGCGCGGCGGUGGUGCGCAUCAUCAUCUCCAUCAUCUACUCUCUGGUGUGCGCGCUGGGUUUAGUGGGGAACUUACUGGUGUUGUAUCUGAUGAAAACCAAACAGGUGUGGAAGAAAUCCUCCAUCAACCUGUUCGUCACCAGUUUGGCGGUGACAGACUUCCAGUUCGUGCUGACACUGCCUUUCUGGGCGGUGGAAAACGCGUUGGAUUUCACAUGGUUGUUCGGAAAAGCCAUGUGUAAGAUCGUGUCCUACGUCACGGCCAUGAACAUGUACGCGAGCGUGUUUUUCCUCACGGCCAUGAGCGUCGCGCGCUACUGGUCUCUCGCCUCCGCGCUCAAGGGUCGCAGGAGGCGCCCGCGCUGUUGUUCCGCGCGCUGCAUCACAGUCUGCAUCUGGUUCGCCGCUGUCUCUGCCGCUCUGCCGCACGCGGUUUUCUCCACCACAGUGAACGUGUCCAGUGAGGACUUGUGUUUGGUGAAGUUCCCUGAAGCAAACGGCACUGCGCAGUUCUGGUUGGGACUCUACCAGUCUCAGAAAGUGCUGCUUGGGUUUGUGUUUCCUCUGUGCGUAAUUUCCGCAUGCUAUCUGCUCCUUUUACGUUUCAUCACCUCCAAAAACAUCAACACAUCGAGCGCAAAGCGCCGCGCAAAGGUCACCAAAUCCGUCACCAUCGUGGUCCUUUCCUUCUUCCUCUGCUGGCUGCCCAACCAGGCGCUCACAGCAUGGGGCAUCCUCAUCAAACUCAACGUGGUGCACUUCAGUUAUGAGUUCUACACCACGCAGGUGUACGUGUUUCCGGUGUCAGUGUGCCUCGCGCACUCCAACAGCUGUCUGAACCCCAUCCUGUACUGCCUGAUGAGGCGCGAGUUCAGGAAGGCGCUGAAGAAGCUCUUCUGGAGGAUGACGUCACCGGCGAUCCGGCCUUUCACGGGCACUUCAAAGCCUCUCAUGGACGAGCAAGGGCAGGUGAUCGUGCCCGUGAGCGCGCCCAGGGAGCCCGUGGUGGAGUUUUACCCCCCGGGGGCCGUGAUGUACAAUAACCUGCCGUCAAACAGCACGUAGUGGAGGCAGACUGUGCUCUAUAUUGUUUGUUAAUACGAGAGUCUUGAAAACUAAGGCUGAGUUCAAGAGGUUUUUAUUUUUUAAAAAGC